CAAAAAAAUGUCAAAGUUGAUAAAAGUUCCUCUGUUUAUUUUGACCUAGAUCAUUUAAUUCCUUUAAACAAGGACAUAAAGUAUUGUAAUAUAUCUGAAUUCCACUUAUUUUCAUAACUUUAAAAUGUACAAUUUCCGUAAACUUUCAGACCUUGGCAUAAGGCGAGCGAGACAUCUGUUAAGGAAGAAUCUAAAUCAGAAUAAAUGGAGGUGUAUGUCACAAAUGGAAACUCCGCCAGAAGAAAAGAUUGUACCACAAUUUUCUAUUCCGAAAGGAAUCGUAGGCCAGCCGACAUACCACACGCAUCCACAUAUGAUACCUAAGGGACAUUUGACCUGUGGGAUCACUCAAAUGGAGUAUAAAGAGAGACGGGACACUUUGGUCAACAAAUUGAUUGCAGAAGUGGAUAAUAUCCAUAAGAAUCAUGUUAUUGUAAUCCCCGCAGCCCGCAAGCAAUAUAUGUCUGACAAGAUCCCAUAUGUGUUCCGACAGAAUUCAGACUUCUUUUACCUAACAGGAUGUUUAGAACCAUCUGCCAUACUUGUUUUGGUGAAACCAGCACAGACUGAUAGUUACAAUAGUGUACUGUUUGUGCAUGAGAAAGAUGCUCAUGCGGAGCUGUGGGAAGGUCCUCGCAGCGGCUGCAGUGUCUCUACACAGCUGUUCAGUGUAGAUGAGGCAAGACCAGUGGAAGGUUUCAAUCAGUAUUUAACAAAAGUGACAUCAUUGUCAAAGCCAGGUAUCCUAUGGUACCAUAAUGACAAUCCAGCAAACCUCGAUAUCCAUGACAACAUCCGUUCUGUUCUACGUCACGGUCAAAUCGCACUCGAAGAUCCGCAGAGGGCACUGCAUCAAAUGAGAGUGAUCAAGUCGCCCGCUGAGAUUGAAUUGAUGAAAGAAGCAUGCUAUAUAGGUUCACAGUCAGUUAACAUGGCUAUGGCUUGCACUAAACCUGGUAUAUCUGAGCGUACCGUGGACGCGGUGCUGGAGUACACUUGCCGGCAGGCUGGGGCCGAGCACGCGGCCUUCCCACCCGUGGUGGCGGGCGGAGCGCGCGCAACUCACAUACACUAUGUCGCCAACAACCAGCUGCUGCAUAAAGAUGAAAUGCUGCUUGUUGACUCAGGAUGUCAGAGAUGGAUGUACAAUUCUGAUAUAUCAAGGACUUGGCCCGUUUCUGGAAAAUUCUCCAAAUAUCACAGGAUAUUGUACGAGCUGGUACUUACUGUGCAGAAACGUCUAAUAGAACUGGUCGGAGAGCAAAGACCGCCAUUAGAUCAGUUAUUUGACCAGAUGUGCCGGCUGCUUGGCACACAUCUGCAGCAGGAAGGCAUCCUGCCUAAGAACAUUGAAGGCAAUGACCUCAUCGGUCGCGCGUACCGUCUGUGCCCACACCACGUGUCCCACUACCUAGGUCUGGAUGUGCACGACGCACCACUCGUGCGACGCCGCGUGCCAGUUGCUAGCGGAAUGGUGGUCACUGUUGAACCAGGUCUUUAUGUAGCUCCAAAUGAUACAUCAGUGCCGGAAGAAUUCCGAGGCAUUGGCAUCAGGGUUGAAGACGAUGUCCUGAUAACUGACGGGGAGCCGAUUGUAUUGACUGAAGCAUGUGUCAAAGAAAUAGAUGAUAUUGAAGCUAUAGUUGGCAAACAUAACCUUUGAAAUUGAGUUGUUUUAUACUUUAUAUGGUGAAAAUGAAUUUUUAAUACCUCUAUACAUGGACAGGCUAAACACCUUGGUUUUUUGUGCCUAUUUGGUUUUCGAUAUUUUGGCGUUGACGGAGAUAGAACUGCCAGUAACAUCAAAAGCUGCGUUUGAGUCUGAAAUUGUCAAAAGUUGUAAUUUUCAAGCAAUUAACU